AUGGAAUGGAAUAAAUGUAAACUCCCCCUCGAAAUUCUCCUCUGUAUAGCCGAGUUCCUCUGUAUAGCCGACCUCGCGCAAUUUAUCCACGCAAUUCCCGUCGUCGGCCAGCAGCUUCCUACCAAACAGCUCCGGCAACAAGGCGGCAAUGGCGACACCGUCCUGCACUUCCUAGCCUCAAGAGGGCACAGCGAUACCAUAGCCCUCUUCGCAGAACCCUUUAGAAUCCUGCAUACCCCCAACAUUGAUGGCAUGACCCCACUGCACAUCGCCGCCGUCCACAGUCACUAUCUCACCGUCGCUCUCCUCCUCAACAUCGGCGCAAGCAUCUCCGCCCUCGACAACCACAAUGACAGCCCCCUGCACCUCGCGAUCCGCGCCCACGCCUACACCUACACGCGCACCUCCGAGCCCGUCACCCAGCUCCUCCUAAGCCACCACGCAGACCCCUCCCUCCCGAACAUCGACGGCUUCACCCCGCUCCACGAGGCCGUCAUGUCGCACCAAAGCCCCGACGCCGUGCAGCGGCUCCUCGACGCAGGCGCGGACGUCAACGCGCCCGCCGGCCGAAGGCGAUGGACCCCGCUCUUCUACGCCGUACUCUUCAGCCACCAGUCGCCCGGCGAGAUCCUCUCGAGCGCCGGCGCGGAUAUCCACGCUGCGCCGCGGGAUACGCAGCAGCAUCUGUUUUCGCGGGAGCGCGGGAUGGCGAUCGUGGCUGUUUUGCUGCGGGCGGGCCCGGAUCUGGAGGUGCUGGAUAAGGAGGGGCGGACGGUGCUGAUGGAGACGGCGAGGUUGGGCGCGGACGAUGCGAUGAGCUUGUUGCUGAAGGCGGGCGCGAGCGUGCAUGCUCGGGAUGAUCAGCGGAGGACGGCGCUGGGGCAUGCUGUGAUGCGGGGGAAUAGGUCGACGGCGAAGAGGUUGCUGGAGGCGGGCACUGAUUUGUGGACGAGGGACGAGUCCGGGCGGGAUGUGGUGGAGCUGGCGUUGUGGUAUGGGCAUGAUGACAUGGCGAAGGUUAUGCAGAGGGCGCAGCGGUUGAGGCCUUGGGGGUAUUGGCGUGAUAGGGCGGGGUGA